AAACCAUUAACAAACAGCAAUAAAUAAUCAACAACAACUUUACAGUCUUUACACGGUUAAUUACUCGCCGAGGUAGCCGAAUAUUAGCAUAAAGGAAGACGAAGCGAACUGCCCAAAAACUCAUUCACAUCGGUCGCCGAUAAAACAUUUCGGGGCGGGGAAUUUACAUGCUGCCGCUAGGCUGACGUCACGUUACCGUGGAAACCGUGCAGCCGCAGCCGCUUGGCUCACAAAUAUUUUCACUUUACUUCUGGCGUCGUGGAAACAUAGGCGCGUGCGGGCCAAUAAUGCUACUUUUUCGGCCGGAAUUAACAAUGCGGUGGACCUAUUAUGCACAGGUCCGCCCGGAAAAAAAAUUAUUAUUUAGAUACAUGUAAAUAUAUUAAACUAAAUUAAUAUUUUAAGCAGCAAAGUUUUUUCUUUAAUUUGAGUAUUUUUUUCGGUGAAGUGCCCCUUCACCUACUGCACCUGACGCCACUGCAUUUUAACCCAUAAAAUCUCUCAGAUAUCGCGAUAGGGCCCUUUUUAGCCAAUCUAAACAGUUCCAUUAAGGACAAAACAUUUUAAUUAGUAUUAUGUUGCAUUGAAGUAAGUCUGAGGAUGCAACACAAUUGAUUUUUUGUUAUUAUUCUGUCACAUCUAUCCCCAUAAUUUUGACAUUUUUAAUUAUCGUGUUAUUUCUAUAUUUCAGGGACAGAAUAUAAUGGACAAAGUAAUCAGAGAAGGAACCCUCAGGCUUCAAGUGACAGAAUCAACUUGUGACGUCAUCCUCAGCUGCAAAGGCCACAGAUUAUUGGCUCACAAACUGAUCCUUUCCAUAGCCAGUCCAGUUUUUAAGAAACUUCUAAAACAAGUUCCUGAUUGCCCUUCAGUCGUCAUCCUACCUGACAUCAGCGCCAACGUGAUGUCCUCGAUUCUAGACUACAUCUACACUGGCAAAGCCAUGCUCUACACCAGCUCAGUCCAAGAAUUCCUCUCCGUAGCCAAAUUCCUCCAAAUCUACGUAGACCUCACCUGUGAUUUCAUAAACGACCUACAUCAUCUACCAAAAAUACCCGACGUGAAGAAAAUAGACCUGGACGAAAAAUCUUCCGGUAGAACUUUGUUUGGUGUGGAUAAAACUGAGUGUCUGGGUGAUCAUGUGAACAAAGUAGAGAAUAAGUUUGAUUUGAAGAGUGCAAACAGUGUGUUUUCGGUGGUGUCAAAGAGUGAGAGGAAAGUGCCCGAUCUUCUACCGAUUGGAAGUAAGGUUUUUAAGAAAACUGUGAACAGGAAGUUGUGUAAUGCUGUGGUACCGAGUCCUUGGAGGCCAAGAGGUGAAGGUAGUUUUUUGGGGGAUCCUAGGAUGGUGUAUCUUGAGGCUCCAGAUAAAGAGUUUCAGACCCAAACCGACUUACUGCUCCACAAACAACCCGAAGAAGACAAAAAUAACAACUCAGAACCAUUUAGGAACGUGGAUCAGAAACAAACUUCGAAAAAACUAGACACCAUCAUAAGGAAUCUUUAUUUAAACAACUCAGAAUCAUCAAAAUAUAAUACUUGCUCAACUCAGGACGACAAUGUAGUGAAACUGAACUCAACGCAUACAAUAAUUGAACCGAAAAACAUCAUUGAUACUACUGGAAGCGACUCAGAUAAAAAUACAUCAACGCAAAAAGUUGAUCUAGUGAAUUCUAAAGAUAUAUCAAGCAGUAAGUUGAAACAAGUGCCUAAAUUUUCGUUUUUGAGAAGGUUCAUUGAAACGACAACUGAUAACGAUAAUAAUAACGUUGAAAAUUCAAUUAAAAGUCAUAAAGAGAUAUCUACAGCUGUUAAAUUUUUGGAGCAGAGAUCAAAUGAAGAUUCUAUGAACACCGAAACUUCAGCAACUGUAUCAAGAAAUCUUGAUGAUCAAACUGAGUUGGAUCUGUCUUCCAAUUCUAACGAUAUGGUUUCUAACGAUAAUUUAAGUAGUAACGAAUCUAGUAAUGAUGAAAGAAGAGAACACAUGACUAAGAAGAAGAAGCCUUAUAAAUGUGAGGAUUGUGGGAAGUUGUUUAGCCAGUUAAGGAACUACAAAUAUCAUAGAUCUGUUCACCAAGGAACCAAAGAAUUUUCAACGAAAUGUCCUGAAUGUGGUAAAACAUUCAACGAUAGAGGGUACCUGAGCAGCCACAUGAAAAUACAUAGGGAUAAAAAGGAGUAUGCAUGUCCGCACUGUCCUAAGAGAUUUAACCAGAGAGUUGCUUAUAAUAUGCAUCUUAGGAUACACACAGGUGUUAAGCCUCACGAGUGUCCCACCUGUGGCAAAAGUUUCUCAAGAAAAAUGUUACUGAAACAACACCAAAGAGUCCACACAGGAGAAAGACCCUAUUCGUGCCCUGAGUGUGGCAAAACCUUUGCAGAUAGAUCAAACAUGAGCUUACAUGCCAGGUUACAUACAGGAGUCAAACCUUACGCUUGCACUCUCUGUCCAAAAAGCUUCACCAAAAAGCAUCACCUGAAAACUCACAUGAAUUUUCACACGGGACUGAAGCCCUACACUUGUGAAAAUUGCGGGCUAGCCUUUUCGCAAAGCAGCAACAUGAGAACGCAUUACAAAAAAUGUAUUUUAAAAGAUGCGAGAAGCUCUACAAAAGAAUCUGUAACAACUCCAGAACAUUCAUCUUGAUUUCAUUAAUGUUCUAUUAUAUAGUAUUAUAUCGACCUGAAGUAACCUCAAACUGUGAUAUUAUA